CUGAAAAGCGGAAAAACUCAGAAAUACAAAAAUAGAAAAUAGAAAGAGCAAAACAACACAACACCAUGACCAAGUAACCAAGCCCCACGCUCUCUUUCAUACAUGCUUUCUUUGUCUUUUUUUUUUCUCAGAUAUCAAAUCAUAAAAAUAGUGGUCGUAAAUUAAAUAACCAAAAAAGAAAAUUCAACACUUCACAACAUUAUUGGGAAGUGGAGUUGUAGAACCCCCCAAAUUCCAUUCCCGAAAACUCUCCUUCUUUUCCGCUUUCCAAACUCGAAGAAAGAAUUUAUUUUUAUUUUUAUUUUUGCAUAGAAAAGGGUACUUUACAAUUACAUUACUUGCUCAUUUAGUUAAAGUUGAAAGCUUUGCAUAGAAGAAUUAUAGUUUGGUAGGCAUGGCGGGUAAUUGCUCCUCCGAGGGUUUGGGUGAUGAUUUCUUGGAGCAGAUCUUGGCGGUGCCUGAAGGUGGAGGAGCUAUAGGGUAUGGGAGGAGCCCAAUGAUGUUGCAGUUAGGGUCCACAAAUGGUGGUGGUGAUGGGUUCAGAGAGUCCUUGGGUAUGGGUAUAGGUAUGGGCAUGCCUUUGGGGUUGAAUUUGGAACCAGGCUUUUUGAGACACCAACAACACACGAGCAAUGAUCUUCGUCUGAAUAACAACCACCAUCAUAAUAAUACUAACAACAGUACUACCUCAUCAUCCUCUUCUACUUCAGGAUUCACUGAAAGGGGCAUGUAUGCAGGGUUGGGACAACUUCAUAGUCAUAGUCAUGCUCAUGCUCAGUCUGUUCGCCCCACCGUCCCAUCUCCUGCUCAAUCCCUACUCCACCCGCACCACCACCAGCACCUUCAUAGCCAGCUACCAACACCAGUAUCUGUUGCUCCUGUUCCACAUCCACCUGGUAUACGCCCUCGAGUGCGAGCAAGAAGAGGGCAAGCUACAGACCCUCACAGUAUUGCUGAGCGAUUACGUCGUGAAAGAAUCGCUGAAAGAAUGAAGGCAUUGCAGGAACUAGUUCCCAGCGCCAAUAAGACAGACAGAGCAGUGAUGCUUGACGAAAUUGUGGAUUAUGUCAAGUUCUUAAGGCUCCAGGUUAAGGUCCUGAGCAUGAGUAGAAUGGGUGGAACUGGUGCAGUUGCUCAGCUUGUGGCUGAUGUUCCCCUAUCUGCACUGGAGAGUGAUGACAUUGAAGGUGGGGCCAAUCAGCAAGCCUGGGACAAGUGGUCCAAUGAUGGCACAGAACAAGAAGUUGCUAAACUUAUGGAAGAAGAUGUUGGAGCUGCUAUGCAAUAUCUUCAGUCAAAGGCCCUUUGCAUCAUGCCAAUAUCUCUAGCCUCAGCCAUCUUUUAUAACCCCCAAUCAGAAGCACCAUCAUUCAUCAGACCUGAAUCAAACAGCCAUUCUUAGAACCAAAAAUAUAUCAUGACAGACAUCACAAAGGUUUGUUUAGCACAAUAUUCUCAGCCCCAUAUUUGAUCCAUUAUCCCUUUCUUAGGACAAGGGUAUUUCUAGUUUCUUGUAUACUUGGAUGGAAGGGUCAAGUCCGUGAUGCUGGUCAAUCUUUUAAAGUUCUGUCAAACAAGGAGUGAUAGUCAUUCCUAAUAAGUUAAAACCGGAGGAGCCCCAGCGUGUUCCUGUCAUUGUUAAGAUCAAAGAUUUUCAAAGCCCCUAUUGAUGAUUUUCUCUUUAAAUAUCGAUGGUGGGGUUGGUGGUGGAUGACCAAAUAUUUAUAGUGGAUGCUUCUUUUUCUUUGUUAUUGAUUUUUGAAUCAGUGGAAAAUGGGACCAAUCAGAAGGAAGGAAUGUGUGUGUACGAUGUAUCUGAAGAAAAUUUUUAUGCAAGUUGAAUUAGAAAAUGGUUGGUUGUCUUGUAAAGCGGUUUGGAAGCAUCUGACUAUUGGAAAAGUUAGUA